GUGGGAGUGUGCCGGAGUGUGCAGUCGCUCUGGAUUUAACACGGGAGAAGUAGAAGCAUCACUCCAACCGGGGAACUUACAAGACGUUUUCUCACAGGAAGGUUUUCGACAACGACGGCAAAGCUUGAGCCAUGUGUGGGAUCUUUGCCUACCUGAAUUACCAAGUGCCUCGCACCAGAAAGGAGAUAUUUGAGACGCUGGUGAAGGGACUGCAGAGACUGGAGUACAGAGGGUACGAUUCAGCAGGCAUCGCUGUGGAUGGCCCUAGCAAGACCUCUGACAUCAAUGAUAGCAGCAUCUGCUUGAUCAAGAAGAAAGGAAAGGUCAAGGCUCUGGAUGAGGAGCUAUACAAAAAAGACACACUGGACCUGGACGCGAAGCUGUGCACACACUUUGGCCUUGCUCACACUCGUUGGGCCACACACGGUGAGCCUAGUGCACUCAACAGCCACCCUCAUCGCUCUGACAAGGAUAACGAGUUUGUUGUGAUCCACAAUGGCAUCAUCACCAACUACAAAGAGCUGAAAGAGUACCUGAUCACCAAAGGAUAUGAGUUUGAGUCAGACACGGACACAGAGGUGAUCCCGAAAUUGAUCAAAUAUGUUUACGACAACCGAGAGAUUGACAACAUCACCUUCUCCACACUGGUCGAGAGAGUCAUUCAGCAGCUGGAGGGGGCCUUCGCUCUGGUGUUUAAAAGCCGCCAUUUCCCUGGAGAGGCUGUGUCCACCAGGAGAGGAAGUCCAUUGCUCAUUGGUGUGCGAAGCGAGCAUGAGCUGUCGACUGAACCCAUCCCCGUCCAGUACAACAGUGGACACUUCAAGGAGGGAGUCCAAGAGAAAAACAGCCAUAACCGUCCUGACUGCUCCAACGCCAUCAACUCUGUGGGGAAUGGCAUGGCUGUGGAGUAUUACUUUGCCUCUGAUGCCAGUGCCAUCAUUGAGCACACCAACAAGGUGUUGUACCUGCAGGAUGAUGACAUUGCAGUGGUGACUGAGGGGAAACUCUCCAUCCACAGGAUAAACCGGCGGGCCGGUGAGGACCCCGUGAGGGCAAUCCAGACCCUGCAGAUGGAGUUGCAACAGAUCAUGAAAGGUAACUUUGAUGCCUUCAUGCAGAAGGAGAUCUUUGAGCAGCCGGAGUCAGUGGUCAACACCAUGAGAGGCCGGAUAUGUUUUGAUUCCAACACAGUGGUUCUCGGCGGGCUGAAGGAUCACCUGAAAGAAAUCAAACGCUGCAGACGGCUAAUCAUGAUUGGCUGUGGCACUAGCUACCACGCUGCAGUGGCUACCAGACAGAUCCUCGAGGAGCUCACGGAGCUGCCUGUCAUGGUGGAGCUGGCAAGUGACUUCCUGGACCGCAACACCCCUGUUUUCAGAGAUGAUGUUUGCUUCUUCAUCAGUCAGUCAGGAGAGACAGCAGACACCCUGAUGGCACUGCGCUACUGCAAGGACCGUGGUGCUCUGACAGUCGGUAUAACCAACACUGUGGGCAGCUCCAUUUGUAGAGAAACAGACUGCGGAGUCCACAUCAAUGCUGGGCCUGAGAUAGGAGUCGCUAGCACCAAGGCCUACACCAGUCAGUUUGUGGCCCUCAUCAUGUUUGGCCUGAUGAUGAGUGAGGACAGGCUCUCCCUACAGAAGAGAAGACUGGAGAUCAUCAGCGGCCUCAAGGUGCUACCUGAGCUGAUAAAGAAGGUUUUGUCUCUGGAUGAGAAGAUCAAGACCAUUGCCAAUGAAAUGUAUCAGCAAAAGUCUCUUCUGGUCAUGGGCAGAGGUUUCAACUACGCCACCUGCCUAGAGGGGGCACUGAAAAUCAAGGAGAUCACAUACAUGCACUCAGAGGGCAUCCUGGCCGGGGAGCUGAAACACGGUCCUCUGGCACUCAUAGACAAAAACAUGCCAGUCAUCAUGGUCAUCAUGAGAGACGCCUGCUACACUAAAUGCCAGAAUGCUUUGCAGCAAGUCACCGCCAGAUCGGGUCGGCCCAUCAUCCUGUGUUGCCAGGACGACCCUGAGGUGACUAAGAAUGCCUACCAGACCAUCGAGCUGCCACAUACUGUGGACUGUCUGCAGGGCAUCCUCAGCGUCAUCCCCCUGCAGCUCCUGUCGUUCCACUUGGCCGUCCUGCGAGGAUAUGACGUUGACUGUCCCAGAAACUUGGCCAAGUCUGUGACUGUGGAAUAAACACAGUUCACAAAGCACCGCAGACGAGAGAGAGGAGGCUCAUAGAUUUACAGUGUAAUUGUGCAAUUGAACGUUCAGUAUGUUUGCGUGUGCGCGUGUGUAUUUUGAUUGUGUGUGAGGCGGGAUAGGGGUGAAGUAAGGGCUGUGUUUGUGUAUGUGUGCAGAUGAAAGUGUGAAUGACAGAGUGAAUGUGACAGAUGAAAGAAGGUGGUAUAGGGUACAAUGCCUUUUAAAAAAAAAAAAAAAAAAAAAAAAAAAAAGAGAGAGAAAUGUGAAGCCUGACCAAUACACUGCUGAAAAAGUGCCAGUGCCAUUUAGGCCUUGCGGAACAAUCUAUGAAAACAACAAUCAAACAUCCAAAGCAACAUGCUGUGCCUUUUUCUAAUCUCAAGUUGAGCCAAAAACACACACACAAAAGGCUUAGCAGGAAAGCAUAGAUAUGGUAUAUUGAAGUGUUUACAGUUGUGCAAUAUUGGGACCAAAUGUGCAUUAUGAAUGUACACAGUCAUGAAUGAGGUGAUUCAUUCAUUCUCUUCCUGUUUUAUGAAUUUCCUAGGGCCAUUGAAAACUUCUUAACUAUUUGUUGUACAAUGGAUUGUAGGAAUUAUACAGAUGUAUUCCAGAGAAUUCUCUGAACUAUGAAACUCUUAUUUUAUGUAUUUCAUUGCACACUCAUGCAAUCACUGUGCCUGGUGGGCUAUUAGCCCAUUAUGUCAAUAUUUUCUAGCAGAAGCAAAUUUUCUAUCUAACUGUCACAUUAUUACUUGAUUGUUUUUACAUAUUUCUGCUUCCAUUUUAUUUCAUUUUAAAUUAAAAUGUACUUAAUGUCUAUUCUGUCUAACAGAAUUGCAGUUUCCAGAGUCAGUUCAUGGUAGAACAUGAACUUUUUUCAGACCUUUCUUGUAGUUAUUCUUGUCAUAGGGUGGAGCUUUUCCAUAGAUAUACACGAUAAUUAUUUAAAGAGCAGUCAGGCAGCAAAAAAUGAUGUACCAUGACUUUUAAUUAUACUUCUGUUUUGAUGGCUAUUUGUAUGGGUUUAUAGUAAUUAUAAUAUUCAAUAUUUAUCUGAUUUUUAUUUUAUAGGGGCUAAAGAGAAGUUUUGAUUUAUAACUGUAACUAUGAUUAUAUUUUAUACUUUAUAUUUUAUAGACAUAAACUGGCACUAUCAAUCAACAAAUAAAGCAUCCUAUUCAACGUG